UUUUAACGGGGGCGAGCCGGGCCUCGAGACCGGAAGUGAACGUCUAUGACACGGGAACGGGCCGGGAAGGCAGAGUGACGCGCACCAUGUCACGGGCUCCUUCCUAAAGGCUCCCUCGCUCCUCUUCCAGGAGGAUGGUCUCUGCGACCCAAGGCAGCAGUGCGGAACUGGAAAGGGUGGCGUGGCGUUAAAUGGAGUCGGAGCAGCUCUUCAACAGAGGCUACGGCAGGAGCAGCUACAACAGCAUCGCCAGCGGGAGCAGCGACGAGGAGCUGCUGGACGGGGCCGGCGUCAUCAUGGACUUCCGCACCACGGACGAUGACAGCCUGCUGGAUGGGGACGCCUCCCCAGGAAAUAACUACAACAUGGUAAAUGGGGGCAAUACGCCCAGCAGCUCCACCCACCUGCUGGACCUGCUGGACGAGCCAAUCCCAGGUGUGGGCACCUACGACGACUUCCACACCAUCGACUGGGUACGCGAGAAGUGCAAGGACCGUGAGCGCCAUCGCAAGAUCAACAGUAAGAAGAAGGAGUCAGCAUGGGAAUUCAUGAAGAGCCUGUACGACGCCUGGUCGGGUUGGCUGGUGGUGACCCUGACAGGGCUGGCCGCUGGUGCCUUGGCGGGCGUGAUCGACAUCGCCGCCGACUGGAUGAACGACCUGAAGGAGGGUGUGUGCCUGAGCUCUCUGUGGUUCAACCACGAGCAGUGUUGCUGGGCCUCCAACGAGACCACGUUUGCCGAGAGGGACAAGUGCCCCCAGUGGAAGACCUGGGCCGAGCUGAUCCUGGGUCAGGCUGAGGGCCCCGGAUCCUACAUCAUGAACUACUUCAUGUACACCUACUGGGCCCUGACCUUCGCCUUCGUGGCGGUGUUGCUGGUCAAGGUGUUCGCCCCCUACGCUUGCGGCUCAGGGAUCCCCGAGAUCAAGACCAUCUUGAGUGGCUUUAUCAUCCGCGGGUACCUGGGAAAGUGGACGCUGAUGAUCAAGACCAUCACACUGGUGCUGGCUGUAGCCUCGGGUCUCAGCCUGGGCAAGGAGGGCCCACUGGUGCACGUGGCCUGCUGCUGCGGCAACAUCUUCUCCUACCUGUUCCCCAAGUAUAGCAAGAACGAGGCCAAGAAGAGAGAGGUCUUGUCUGCGGCGUCAGCAGCUGGGGUGUCCGUUGCUUUUGGUGCCCCCAUAGGUGGCGUGCUCUUCAGCCUGGAGGAGGUCAGCUACUAUUUCCCCCUGAAGACCCUAUGGCGAUCCUUCUUCGCCGCCCUGGUGGCCGCCUUCGUGUUGCGUUCCAUCAACCCAUUUGGCAACAGCCGUCUGGUGCUGUUCUACGUGGAGUACCACACACCGUGGUACCUCUUCGAGCUUGUGCCCUUCAUCCUGCUGGGGGUCUUCGGUGGCCUCUGGGGGGCGCUCUUCAUUCGCGCCAACAUCGCCUGGUGCCGGCGCCGCAAGUCCACCUACCUGGGGAAGUACCCGGUCCUGGAGGUGAUCACAGUGGCGGUGAUCACGGCCGUACUGGCCUACCCCAACCCGUACACACGGCAGAAUACCAGCGAGCUGGUCAAGGAGCUCUUCACGGACUGCGGCCCACUCGAGUCCUCGCAGCUCUGCCAGUACCGCAGCCAGGCCAACGGCAGCCGACUGCUCCUCGAGGACUCCGCGCCCACCAUGCCUGGCGUCUACUCCGCUAUGUGGCAGCUCUGCCUGGCGCUCAUCUUCAAGAUCAUCAUGACCAUCUUCACCUUUGGCGUCAAGGUGCCCUCGGGGCUCUUUAUCCCUAGCAUGGCAAUUGGGGCAAUUGCUGGGCGCAUUGUGGGCAUCACCAUGGAGCAGUUGGCCUACAACCACCACGACUGGUGCGAGGUGGGGGCUGGCUGCAUCACCCCGGGCCUCUACGCCAUGGUUGGGGCUGCUGCCUGCCUGGGCGGUGUGACACGCAUGACUGUGUCAUUGGUGGUCAUCAUGUUUGAGCUGACGGGGGGCCUGGAGUACAUCGUGCCCCUGAUGGCUGCCGUGAUGACUAGCAAGUGGGUGGGCGAUGCCUUUGGCCGCGAGGGCAUCUAUGAGGCUCACAUCCGGCUCAACGGCUACCCCUUCCUGGACGCCAAGGAGGAGUUCACGCACACCACACUGGCGUCCGAUGUCAUGCGCCCGCGGCAGGACAACCAGCCGUUGGCCGUGCUCACGCAGGACGAUAUGACCGUGAGGGAUCUGCAGAACAUCAUUGUGGAGACCAGCUACAACGGUUUCCCUGUUAUAGUAUCGAAGGAGUCACAACGGCUGGUGGGCUUUGCACUGCGCAGGGACAUCAUCAUCGCCAUUGAGAACGCCCGGCGCAAGCAAGAGGGCAUCAUGUGGAACUCGCGGGUGUAUUUCACCCAGCACACCCCCACCCUGCCGGCAGACAGCCCCCGGCCCCUCAAGUUGCGCAGCAUACUGGACAUGAGCCCCUUCACCGUCACGGACCACACACCCAUGGAGAUCGUGGUGGACAUCUUCCGCAAACUGGGCCUGCGCCAGUGCCUGGUCACGCACAACGGGAAUUUGUUGGGAAUCAUCACUAAGAAGAACAUAUUAGAGCACCUGGAGGCGUCAAAGCGACACGUGGAUCCCCGGGUGAUUUGCCACACCCCCUCUGCCUUUUAGGCCCCGCCUGCACUCCAUUUCAGGCUCCGCCUCCACUUCCUCACAGGCAGGAACCCAUGAAACUUGUGUGAACACUUCUCUGAAAUGUUACCAAAGCCUCAGGAGUGAACGUAUGACUCCGCCGCCCUCCCCGGCAGCGACUCGUGCUGCUCUCACUCUCCAUGUGGGUUUAAUAAUAGGCACUUCUGAGACUCCGCAUAGUGGUAGAGCACGUGUCACCAGGGACCAUGCAGCUUGGCCUUCUGGGUAAAGGGAUCACGAAACGGCACUGAAACGGGAGUGGGUUAGUUUGGGUGGAUCCGUGCUGGUCGAUGGAUCCUCCGUUCCUCACCGCUCCAGGAUAUCCCACAAUGCACUUAGCCCCUCAGGUUCUGUGCUGAUUCGCCUGCUCUGCGUUUGCCCAUAUAUGUGGCGCACGUGUAGUAAAGAUGUCGCUGCGUGGCUUUGCAGAGGUUUCUCUUUUUUUUUCUGCUCACUUCCUGUCACCAGAGUCUGUAUCUACAGCCGGAGAUCGAAGGCAGAUCGCUGUGAACAUAGCAUCACCUUUUGGUGUUUCAGUGUUAUCCCUGUGCGAUUGGGGAGGGUUCAGCUGUAACUGGCAGUCAGUGGUACUGAGGCUGCGCUGUAGUGACACUAACAUUAGCUAGAAUCGGUGGUCCUGCUGUGGUUCCUGAUCUCCCUGACACGCCUACCUCUUAGCUCGGUCCAUCCCGACCCGCCUCAUCCGCCCUCCGCCGAUCCUCUCUCACCUCCUCCCACUCCUAUGGUCACUCUCUCUCACCUCCUCCCGCUCCACGCCUACAGGUCUCGCUAAAUGUCAGCACACGCUUGGAGCAAAACCGCCUGGCUUUAAUCUUUCCCCACGGUCUAAUCCCACUGGCAGCGUCGGGGGCCUGGACCAGUUAGGGGGCUGCCGCUCCAGUCACCCCCUCCUCGUCCCACACGCAGCUCCACUUCUGGAUGGGGGGCUCUUCACUCUAAUGCCUGUCGCUCUCCUCAGUCCCUCUCCUUCUCUCACCACACAAGAUGGCUUCCUCUUUGUCCUUCACACCCCAUUUUUUUUUUUGCUGGCACGACCCUUAACCCCAAACCAAAACCCAAGCAGCAUUUCCUCACAGUCAAUAUGGAAAUCACAUUAAAGCUACAGCAUACUGCAAGAUACCUUAUUGGGGGUCUCAUUCCUCAGUAAUCAUAAUACUGAUGAUUAUACACAGUCCCGUUAAAUCACGGCGUAUCUGCACUCAGAUGGGCGUGAUCAGUGAACGCUGUCCUCAGUGGCAGCGCCUGACCAGUGGUGGGGCUGGAGCUACAGGGCUGAUGGUAUCUGUGUCCCACAGCAUUAUGCGUGACCCAGACAGAACUGUCUCGGGUCCAGCUGCUUCAGGCUAUACCCCGGACCCUGGGUGUUUUCCUCGUACGGCCAGCAAAAAAAAAAUAAAUAAAAAGCCAUGCUGUGUUGGUGUAUGUGCCCACCCCCACCCCCUCUCAUUACCAUUUUCCUUCAUUCUGACCCCCCCACCCCUUUCCGUUCUUUCU